GUUACCAUUGUCAAAGUACAUUAAUAAAGUCAUAUUCACCAAAAAUAUCCCAUUCAAACCACAUCAUCAAGCAACGUAGAAAUCAAAGAGAAAAGGGAAAGUUGGCAAAAAAGAGUAAAAUAGAAAGAGCAAAAUCCAAAUCCAUUGAAAUCACAGUAAAUUGAAACAGCAAAAAAUCAAGAAUCCAUGGCUGAAACUAAACAAGAACCACCAUCAUCAUCAACCUCCUCUAUGUUUCUCUUAAAACUUAUGAGCAAAAGAAGAACAUGGGUCUUCCUCUUUAUAACAGUCUACACAAUUUUACUAUCACUUUCUUGGAAUUUCCUCAAAUCAGUUCUUUCUUUUUAUGAAUCAACCAUGAAAUUAAACUCCACUUCAGCUUCCUCAGCUUUAUAUGCAUCUCUGAUAUUAGGACUUGCUUUUGGAGUUUUGUCUAUUGUAGCAGCUUUAAUUGUUGUUGUUCCAGCUACACUUGUUACUUGGAUUAGUAUAUUGGUUUUGUUAACAUUUGCAGGAAAAGAAAGAAUGGAUUUGGUUAUGGAAGGGAAGAAAUUGACUGGUGAGAUUAGUGGAUUUGUUGUUAGAGUUUUGAUCAGAGAAGGGAAUCUUGUUGCUGCUAUUUGUGCUUUUCUUGGGUAUUUUGCACUUGUUAGAAAGAAUAAAGAAGAGGGUAUUGAUUACUUAGUUGAACAAUUGUUGGCAAGAUUUCCUUUGCAGACAAUUUAAAUACGCGACGGGACAUUGUAAGUAACAAAGUGGUCUUGUUGUCAUGAUCCAGUGAGAUUCAGCCCUUUAUCGCUCUGAUUUAUAAAAAAAGAAAAGAAAAAAAAAUCAUUCAAUUCUCUCUUUGUAUGCUAUGAUCUCGAUAUUGACUUUUCUGUACGACACUAACAGUUUAGUCUAGCGUACAGAGAGGGGCUUUGAUUGACUGAAAAUAAUCACAUGAAAGUCGAUUGUUUUGCUUUACGUCGCCCUUCCAAGACAUCCAAGGAAGGCACCGUGUGAUUUUUGGGGAUAUGGGAUUGGUUUAUUCAGAAAUCAGAAUUUGGAAAAGCUUAAGUGUUUGAGCUAAUUGGAAAUUUCUUUAUCUCCUUAUUAUGAGAAGCUGUUAGAUUAGAUAAAGAGUGUAAGCCAAAGUUAGAAAUAGUAGUAGUUUUGUCUAACAGUAGAUAUCGUAACUGGUUGUGCCAUGUAUGAUGUAUGUAUAAAAUGUAUUUUGUUGUUGUGA